AUGUCGGCUUCGCAAUCCUCUUCCCGAAACAACGGAGUCUCGGUCAAUGACAACGUCAUCAAUUUUAUGGACAUUCCCGAAGCAGACCGAAAAAUGUUCCUGAUAGAUCUCGCACAUGGGUUCUUUAACUUGAGUUUAGUCCCCGAACACAUGAAAGAAGGAGUCAUUCGUAGGCUAGAGGUAGCGUUCAACACAAAGGGGAGUACCGUGGAUGAAACAAACGAACAACCCAACACUAUUGAGCUUCCUACAAUCAUAGAUAUAUUCGAGUCAUCUCCAGAAAAGUCUACUACGAGUACUACCCCGUUCUCAAUAAACCAUGGGGUAGAAAAAAUGACUUGGGAGGAACUCCAAAAACGCGGAACAAAAGUGACCAACGAAACUCGUGGUGUCGAUUCUGAACCACUCUCUGGGCAGAAAAAUCACCGUGCUGAGGAGACGACCGUGCCAGUCACCAGUCCCAUCUUAGAUAACUCGAAGGAAACAGAAUUAAAGAUAGCUCGCAAAGAGUUAAUAGAAGCGGACAGGAUUAUCCAGAGACAGGAUAUCAAAAUUGCCCAGCUACUUGAAUGGAAGAACCAAAACAGCUUUCUUGUUGAGAAUAUGGCAAAAGAACAUGCGGCAUCUCUCCAGACAAAAAAUGUGGAGAUCGCCAAUCUCCAGACAUCUUCCCUCGCAGAUCUUGAGACUCUUGACAAAAAACACGAGCCACUAAUCGAAGUUGCAGUUCAGAUACUUGGUCGCAAGAGAGAGCUUUCCAAACCUGGCAAUCUGAGAAACUCACCCCUGAUUGAGGAAGGCAAUUCUGCUGCUCAUGGUGGAAGAUGCUUAGCAGACUUGCAGAGAAUAGAAAUUAAGCCUAUGGAUGGCGACUCAGACUGGUUUGAAAAGGGGUAUGGCGUAACAGACAAAGGUGCUCAGAGGUUCAAGGGGAGUUCUGCGUUUCGAAAACUCAUUAAUAUGCGAUUCGACUUGCGAAAUCUCGAAUACAUCGAUCAGCAGAUUAUAAGCGAGUUUGAGACUACGUUCCAGAAAAUAAAGACGCAGAUCAACGAAAGUCUACCCGCGGAAGGCCAAACUGAUAAAGAUGAUGCAUAUAUCAUGGAGACGCUGCUGUUGAAGGACCCAGUUGUCAAGGCAUUAUUUCAGGAAGUUUGUAGCAAAUGGGUCGCAGCAAUUGAUAAAGAUCAGACCACUCGUAAGGAGAUCAGGAAGGAUCCCAAAGCGAUGUCUUUCGGACGCAGAUCUAACUUCUCUGGAAGAACAAAUCGUUCUAGAUGGAAACAAGGUAGCAGUAUCAUGGGAACUAUCAGUGAGGGCAUGAAGAGUGCAAUAGAGAAGAUUCUCUAG